ACGGCGUGGUGGGGACGGAUUCACCGCAGCCGCCUCUCGAACCCGUACGCUCUGUUCGGCUCUCGCGCGUGCGCGUAACCGAGCCGGCCUCUUCCCCGUCGUCCCCGGCCUACAGUAUAAAAUUCAGUUUUGCUCCCCACACGCAUCGACCACCCCCAAUCCCCAAUCCACUCCGAUCGACAAAAUCCGCCGCAACACAAGCGUCGAUCUCGGCUCUCGCGAACGUCCAUCAAGAUGCAGAUCUUUGUGAAGACUCUCACCGGGAAGACCAUCACACUUGAGGUCGAGUCCUCUGACACAAUUGACAAUGUCAAGGCAAAGAUCCAGGACAAGGAGGGCAUCCCGCCAGACCAGCAGCGUCUCAUCUUUGCUGGCAAACAGCUCGAGGAUGGCCGGACGCUUGCUGAUUACAAUAUCCAGAAGGAGUCCACACUCCAUCUGGUGCUCAGGCUCAGGGGUGGCAUGCAGAUCUUCGUGAAAACCCUCACUGGCAAGACCAUCACUCUAGAGGUCGAGUCUUCGGAUACAAUCGACAAUGUGAAGGCGAAGAUCCAGGACAAGGAGGGCAUCCCUCCAGACCAGCAGAGGUUGAUCUUUGCGGGCAAGCAGCUUGAGGAUGGUCGCACUCUGGCGGAUUACAACAUUCAGAAGGAGUCUACUCUCCAUUUGGUGCUCCGCCUACGUGGUGGCCAGUGAGUUCUCCUGGCUACCGGGUCUGGUCCGUCGUAUUCUCUUUGGUUAUGUCAAGUUUGUGUCAUGCGUCUGAAACUCUUUAUGUGCCAUUUGUUAGAACAUCUGUUGCUGCCUUCGAGCAGCUUGGUCUGCA